AUGAGCCCCCAGACGAUCUCACAGAAGAACCGUUUGACGCGCCCAACCAAUCUAGCUUUUUUAGAUUGGCACUGGGAAGAAGUGUCGCAGCUGCAGAAAAUCGAGCGAAUGAAGCUGAAUCAAUACUUGGUUGUAUAG